AGAACAAUGUUUAAAAGGAUUUUCAGUAAAUUAUUGCCCCCUGAACAUGGAACAGUUCAGGAAAUAAUCAACUUCAAUCACCCCAAUGAGAUAAACAAAGUUUUGACUCGAUGUGAUCAAGAGCUUGGUGGGUUUUCUACAGUGAAUCUCGACAUUGUUCCAAAUCCUGAUGAUUCCAAGACAAAUGUAGCACAUUUCCAUGGUUAUUUGAAUCUUGAUACACCGCCAAAUAGACCAGACAUCACACAUUCUGGGUAUGCAAUGUGGAGAAUAAAAGAUCAAGAACGGACAUUUUUCAAUAAAGAUAGAUAUUUGGAUUGGAGUGCUUAUAACCAAGUGGCGUUAAGAGUUAAAGGUGAUCAUAGAAAGUAUUUGAUCAACAUACAAGCAGAUGCUCCAAAGGAUACCGAUAUUUUUCAACAUCGUCUUUUCUUAAAUAAUCCCAAUGAGUGGGAAACGGUUAUGGUUCCGUUAAAUCAUUUUGUAAUGACCAACUACGGUAUCUUUAGAGAUCAAGAUUGCUUGAACACUUCAAUGAUCAAAACCAUUGGAAUUGGUAUACUAGACAAACAAUUUGGCCCAUAUUCUUUAUAUGUUGAUUGGAUUAAAGUGAUGUGUGGAGAUAACGUUCACAAGACAUUUGUUGAAUCAAGAAUGGAGAGUUCUAACAAAAAAUUGACCAAAGAAGAACAAAAAAAGAUAUUAGAAGAAGAACAAAAAAAGAUAUUCGAAGAAGAACAAAAAAAAUUCCCAAAUUCAAUCGAAGGUUAAUAACAAUUUAUUUGAAUUAUAUAUAAUAUAAUAAAACCGUUCUUUCAGUCAGUGAAUAGCAAGCAGUAAACUUUCACUAUAAUUUCAUCACCAAUCAGUUUUGAUUUUCUCAAUCUACAAUGAUUAAAUAAACCUUGUACCGAUUCAUACAGAAAUUUGCUUUUAGUCACAUAUAAAAUCAAUCGCGUGUUUAUAAAUAGGGCUCCAAAGGCUACUUCCAAAUGUGGUGUUUGCAUUCAAACUGCGUCACAAAGUGCUGCAAUUUCUCUGCUGCACCCCAAAAAACCAAACUCAAAGCGCUCUUUCUUUCAUGGUCAAGCGAACGGUCUCGUUCCAUCCAACACUCGACCGCAG